AUGCCUGAACUUCUUAGCAGCAUACUCAAUGUGAGUAAGGUAUUCCAGAAAUAUGCUGAACACCAUGGGGAAUGUGCUUCAUUGAACAAGAUGGAGUUGAAGCAUCUCCUUCUCACUGAGUUUGGAGACAUCCUUCGGAGACCAAAUGACCCAGAGACUGUAGAAACCAUUCUGGAACACUUGGACCGAGACAGAAAUGGAUAUGUUGAUUUUCGUGAAUACCUCUUGUUGGUGUUCCAAUUGGUCCAAGCUUGCCAUCGUAAACUAGAUAGUAAGUCAUGUGGAGGUAGAACCUCCUCCCAGAAAGAACGGUGUCAGAAAGGAACACAGAGCCAUAAGUUUUCUGAAAACACAAGCAGACAGCCUAGGCAGUCUGAAGGACAAAGUCAGGAUGUCCAGGAGCAUAAGGACUCGCUCCAGGGUCAGGCAGAGAGACAAGACACGGAUUACAGCUCUGAUCAGUCUGAGACAGAUGAUCAGCACUCUAGCCCUGAUCAAAGACUGAGUCAUAAAUCUAGCAACGACCGACCCAAAAGUCAAGGAUAUAUCUUUGCCUUAAAUCAGCCUGAGAUCCCAGCUCAGGUUUCUCAUUAUGGCCAGUCUAAAACAUUUGGACGACAAAGCAGCCAUGGCCAGUCUGGAAGACUCCGACAAGAUUCUUACUCUAGUCAAACCAGUCAUCAAGAAUCUGGUUCUUAUGAACAAUAUGGAAAGCAGUAUCAGAAAUCAGGCAACAGUCAGACAGACAGACAGGCCCAGAAUUCUCGCUAUGGUCAGUCAGACAAACAAAAACAUACGUUCCAACAUGGUCAGACAGAUGGACAAGGUCAGAGCAAAGGCCAGAAUUUUCAUUAUGGUCAGACAGGCAUUAAAGGACAGAGUUCUCAUCAGGGUCAGACAGGCAUUAAAGGAGAGAGUUCUCACCAGGGUCAGACAGGCAUCAAAAGCCAGAGUUCUCACCAGGGUCAGACAGGCAUUAAAGGACAGAGUUCUCACCAGGGUCAGACAGGCAUUAAAGGUCAGAGUUCUCACCAGGGUCAGACAGGCAUUAAAGGACAGAGUUCUCACCAGGGUCAGACAGGCAUUAAAGGCCAGAGUUCUCACCAGGGUCAGACAGACAGACAAAACCAGAGUUCUCACCAGGGUCAGACAGACAGACAAAAUCAGAGUUCUCACCAAGGUCAGACAGGCAGACAAGACCAGAGUUCACGCUGGCAUCGGACAGACAGUCAAGGCCAGGGUUUUCAGUAUGAACAGACAGGCAGACAAGGUCAGAGUUCUCACCAGGGUCAGAUAGACAGACAAGAGAGUUCAGGUUGGCAUCGGACAGACAGUCAAGGCCAGGGUUUUCAGUAUGAACAGACAGGCAGACAAGGCCAGAGUUCUCACCAGGGUCAGACAGACAGACAAGAGAGUUCAGGUUGGCAUCGGACAGACAGUCAAGGCCAGGGUUUUCAGUAUGAACAGACAGGCAGACAAGGCCAGAGUUCUCACCAGGGUCAGAUAGACAGACAAGAGAGUUCAGGUUGGCAUCGGACAGACAGUCAAGGCCAGGGUUUUCAGUAUGAACAGACAGGCAGACAAGGCCAGAGUUCUCACCAGGGUCAGACAAGCAGUAAAAGCCAGAGUUCUCACUGUGAUCAGUCAAAGAUUGGGAAAACUGAACUCCAGAGGCAAAACAGGACCUUCCAAGGAACUGAUAAAGCAAGAGACUCAUAUGUUGAACAAUCUGGAAGAUCAGGAAAACUAAGUCAACAGACUUCAAGAGAAGAAGUAAAUCAAACCCAGAGACAAAGAUUCCAGGAUAAAAGGGAGCAGCAAAGCCACCACCAGGCAUGGAAGCUUGAAGAUGGUAAUAAGCACAAACUCUUAGCUCCGAUACAGCAAGAAGAGCCAUACCCCCAUGAAGAGUAUGACUGGCAAUCACAGAGUAGCGAGGAGGGCCACUGGGAAGAGGAAGAGCAUCAAAAUUGGGAUGGACACAGUUUUGAGGAGCAGGAAAGUCUAUAUGAGAUGUAGAACAGACAAGCCCACAGAGAUGAACCGCAUCAGAAACAGGAUAGGCAAACCUCUGUAGAUGAGCAGAACCAGAAAAGACAACACAGGACAACUCAUGUAGAAAAUCAAGAUCAUCAACAAGGUAGACUGCAUGAAGAUAAGCAAAACCAUCAAGGAAAACACAAACAUCAAAAGCAUCAUCAACUAUGGGAUAGACAAACUCAUGAAGAAAAUAAAAGGUAUCAAGGAUCCCAAGACCAAUCCAGAAACUUACCCAACAAAGAAAAAAUUCACAUGAAUGAAGAUGACCAGGGCCAAGGAUCCCAGGGAAGACAUUUCUUUCCAACCCAUGGUAGUGGCAGGUCCUAA